AUGAUGAUUUAUGGGUUGAUACCUCAGGAGUUACAUGAGCAACUCCUCGACCACAAAAACUACCAGAACCGAACAAAUGGGGUCGAGGAACUGAAAAACAUCCUCCUGGAACUGGAUUUAAAGCCAGUUCCCUCGGACAGUAUUCUCAAAUUCAUCAACCUGCUACGCCGGCUUCUGGAUGACAGCAACUUCAAAGUUUUCUAUGGCACUUUACAGGUCAUCAACAUCCUGGUUCAAAAGCUGGACCACAGCGUGGACAAAUAUUGCAAACAGAUUGUGUUUGUGGCCCUCAAAACCUUAGGAGACACGCACACCGUCACCAGAAACGAGUACAUGAAUGUUUUCAGGCAGCUAAUGAGGAUUGUCGGGCCUCAGAAAGUUUUGGACCUGGUGAUUGGACAUCUACGGCACAAGAACUCCAGGGUCAGAGAGGAUGUUAUCAACAUCAUCACGGCUGCCAUGCUCACGCAUCCGAGGAAAGACUUCAACAUACCUAGCCUAUGUUUUGAGGUCGCGCCUUAUCUGGCGGACAGCAAGAAGAAAGUCCGACACGCAGCUCUGGAGCUCUUCGCUGUCUUUGACUCGUGCCUCGACACGGGCAACAAACAGCCUCUCAUGAAGGCGAUAGACCGCGUGGAGCUCACGGGGGACGUGGAGGGUCUCAUGGCAGCCGUGCAAGCGCGAAGAGCUAGGCACAUGCUCCCGCGACUGACCUCGGAGGGCCUGGUGGAAUACGCCCUCGUCAUCCCCAAGCCCGGCCAACGCUGCUUGCCCCAGUUCGGCUCCGGAGCGGAUCUGGACUGGGUUCUGAACGGCGGCCGGGUUUCCAGCGCUCGGAGCCUGCGGACGGAACCGGACACGGACAGGCUGUGCGGCUACGGAAGCCUGGGGUCCCUAACCGACGACUUUCCGUUGCAGAGGCGGAUAGUUAGCGCGGGAAAAGGGAAAAACAAACUACCAUGGGAGCGGGCCAGCCUGCCUUGCCCGGUGAAUCAGCCAGCAUCCAGCUCAUCUAAUGGAAAAUCAUCCGACAAGGUCAGUCACGAUGACUUCCUCCUCUCCUCUGUGAAGAGAAAUCAGGCGUCGAGCGUAGCCGGUUUUGAUCCCACAGACCCCCUUCAGAAACAGUCUCCGUGCAGGAGGAGGGAGCGGCAGGGAAAACUGCACAGGAGCGGGAGUCUGGAUUUGGACCCCGACGUCUUCAAAGUGGCGCACCCCGCCGAUUCGGAGCGAGUUUUACCCAGGCCAGGGUGUUUGCUCUCAGGGAACCCCAGCGUGGAGCGUACCUUCUCCCUUCCCUCCAGCCACACGGCCCCCGGAUCCUUUCUGCUGCCCUCUUACCCUCUGGCCGUGCUGCCCGCGGUCAAGCUGACCCCCACCCUGCCCCGCCGGCGCCAGACAGAGUCCUCUCUGUCUAUGUCUAACACGUGGCCGAACAAGAGGGACGUCAGCCCGCAUCACCGGGAUCCCAGUCCCUGGAGAGACACCUCAGGCGAACUGAGCUCCAGCAGAUGUUCACUGCAGCCUUCGCGAACCUCAUUGGUCAGCUCCUCGUCAAGCUCCUCCCUCCAGCACUCCCUCGGCAUGACCAAGCGCUCCCCUCCCACCUCCUCGGAGUGGGCUCAGACCCAGGAGAGCCAGAGGAACGGCCAGCAGGAGCACACCUCCGCCAGGAACCUACACCUUGACCUGUCUCCUGUGGGCCUCCAGGAUCAGGAGGAGGAGCCUGUGGAUCGUGAGGAGAUGAUGAAUUCCCUGCGUUCGCUGCGCAACAGCGCGGCUAAGAAACGGGCCAAAGCGAGCAGCUCGGACGUGGAGCCGGAGAGUCCGGACUCGGCGGUGAAACUGGAGCUGGCCCUGGACUCGCCCUCCCAAACCUCGCCCUCCGUCACCAGCCCCCUGAGUGAGAGCGGCCUGUCCAGCCUCUGCUCCCCGCCCACCCCCACCCUCAACGGCCCCAAGACCGGCCUGGGGAACUCUGCCGGGAAGCCUCGCGUCGCCCGAACGCCCUCCGGGAAGCAGAAGACUCCCAUCGCCGUGGAACCGUACGCUCCCCAAGGUAGAACGAGACCUUCCGACGUGAAUCCUAGAGAUAAAGCUCCGUCCGACGUGAGUGUGAUUGGCCAGAGAAUGGCUUACCCCAACGGGCUGGCGGAACCAGACGAGGAUAAGAUGAAGGAAGGGUCUCCGUCCCUGGUCCGACCUGCCGGCAGGGAGCCCCUCAGAGUUCUCAGGGCCAGUAAAGGGUCUCAGGUGCUUAACCCAAAGUCCUCCUGUGCCUCUGACAUGUCAGAGGGCGUGGUCGGCCGAGGAGUGUUUGGCUCUGUCCCUCCGUCCAGUAGCCCAGGUGUGAGCAGGUCACCUGAGGUCAACGACACGGUUACUAAGCUCACCUGCGAGCCGCCCGCGGGGGUGUACGGCCAUGCCGUCUCCGCUCGCCAUCCGGACCCCGCUGACGACACCACGGACGCCGAGGGCACCGUGGUAAGCACCAGGCUCUUCAUCCAUGAGGAGAGGGUGAAACUUUCUAAGUUCGCCCAGGAAAAGAUGUGGCAGCAUUGUCUGGAGCAGCAGGACGUCCUCUCGUUUCAUGCCGAGGCACAGAGCGCGGAGAAAACGAGAGAACCCCCGAAACGCGGGGCGUCUGACCCAAGCACAGAGGAGCCGGUGGUGUCGUUGAAAGAGACACAGAUAAACGGCAGUGCUCCGGUGACCACCAGGCUGGGUGGGGUUCCUGAUGGUUCUCCUGUCAGUCCCACCAACCCCCCCGUGUCCCAGAGUCCAGUCAAAUGCUUCAGCCCCCCACUCCAGCCCAGCCCCCCCACCGUCCCUCCGCCCAAAGCCACGCUGCCUCGCCUGAGACGGGCGCCCAGUCUGAACCGGACUCGCCCCUCUCUCUCACUCAGCUCAGAUGAGCUGUCUCCAGGCACCCCCGUCCUGAGGAGGGAUCCCCUGGAGCAGGCAGAGCUGCGUCCGUUCUCCAGACCGGAGCUGGCCCUCUCCCAGGCCCUCAGACUGCUCAGCCUGGAAGACUGGGAAAAGAAGAUAGAGGGCAUGACAUUUCUUCGGAGUUUAGUUCAGUAUCACUCUGACGUCCUGUCCAGCAGGCUUCACGACGUUUGCCUCGUCCUUCUUCAAGAGGUAAAGAACCUGCGGUCCAGCGUGUCCCGGGUUGCCGUGGUAACGGUGAGAGAGCUGUACGCCGGCUUGCAGAAGGGGAUGGACCAGGAGCUGGAGGGGACGGCCAGAGUGCUGCUGCACAAAGCCGGCGAAUCAAACGCCUUCAUCCGGCAGGACGUGGACGCUGCCCUGGACAGCAUGGUGCAGAACUGCACACCCUCACGGACCAUGAACGCGCUGAUCGCUGGAGGACUCGGUCACUUAAACUCAGGUGUGAGAAAGUGCAUGGCUCAGCACCUCACGGCCCUGGUGGAGAAGGUUGGCGCUGGUCGUCUCCUGUCUGGGGCCAAAGACCUGACCGACCGAAUUCUGCCCGCCGUCAGCAAGUUGGCACAGGACUCCUCGCAAGAGGCCAGGUACUACGGUCGUCGCAUGCUUCUGUUCCUGUCCUCUCACCGCGACUUUGAUAAAAUGCUGGAGAAAUACGUCGCUGCCAAAGACCUGACAGCCAUCAGAGACACACUCCUCACUCUCAAAACCAAGGGAUUGGGCGAGAUGCCUCAGGACACGCCUUCUGCUCGGGGCCGGCGCUCCCUCCCAGGCAGCGGGACCGUUCGAGCGUCGUCGCUCACGCGUGAACCUCUGUUGGCCAGCAGCAGAGACUCGGGUCAAUACAGCAGCAAAGCCCAGGCCCAGAGUAUCGCAGACAAAACCGAAUACAUCAAACAACUCACCGCCCUGCUCAACUCCAAGGACUUCCGCGAACGCAUCAGAGGCAUCGACCAGCUGGUGUCAGACAGCCAGGAAAACCCAUAUAUGGUCACAGGCGCCAUGUUCCCGGUGUUUGACGCCUUUAAGGCUCGGCUACAGGAGUCCAACAGCAAGGUGAACCUGUACGCGCUGGAGUCGCUGCCCAAGAUAGUGAUGCUUCUGAGAGACAGCAUGGCCCCGGUGGUCAACAUGCUGGUCCCGGCCAUCGUGGAGAAUCACCUCAACUCCAAAAAUAACGCCAUUUACACGGCAGCUAUCGGCGCCAUUCACGCACUGCUCAAGAAUGUCGACAACACCCUCCUUCUCCAGCCCUUUUGCACAAAGGCUCAGUUUCUCAGUGGGAAAGCCAAAGUGGAUCUCAUCGACAAGGUCGCAGACCUGGUGAGAGAGCUGUACCCACGUAAGCCACAGGCAGUGGAGCAGAAGGUACUCCCUCUGCUCUGGCACCUGCUGGGCACCACCACCAAAAGUGGCACCAUACACGGGAGAGUGGGCAGCGUGAGGGCAGCUACUGCCAACCUGUGCCAAGCCCUGUACGAGCACAUGGGGGAGUCGCUCCUGGACUGCACCUCCUCUCAGCCCAUCAACAUCCAUAAGAACCUUAACGAACUCCUCAAGUCUCUAUCUGCCCCCUGA